AUGGAUACCGCCGGGAGUGUCGCCGGCCUAAUCUCUCUUGGCAUUCAAGUGACGCAAAUACUUGUCGACUUCUAUUCAGCGUACAAGGACCAAAACUCAGAUAUCGCCUGCACAUUGAGAAAAUUAUCGAAUCUUAGCGGAGUGCUCGAGAGUCUGCGCGAACAAACUAGUCGCAAGUUCCAUGUUGACGAAAAGAAGUUACUGAGUAGCAUUGAAGCUUCGGUGAAUGGAUGCGAGCUGCUCAUCAAAGAGCUGCAACAUGAGACUGAGAAAUUCGAGAGAACCGGCAGUAUCCAAGUCGUUGCUCUCACGGUUGGUUACCAAGCAACAUAUCCACUCCGACGAAGCACGUUGCUCAAGCUAGAGGAAAACAUUGACGAGACCGUCGCUCACCUAUCGCUAGCACUUCAAGUACUAGGGCAGAAACAAAACAGCUCCGUCCAAGACGAUAUUGAGGAAACAAAAGAAUUACUCGCACUAAUUCGUUCCGAUCAGUUAUCGUCGACAAUCCAGGAGUGGCUUAAGGCUCCUGAUACAAGUGGCAAUUACAACCAAGCUUACGCAAAAUACCAUCCAGGAACGGGGCGUUGGUUUGUCAAAGGUGCCAUGUUCACCUCAUGGCUUACGGACCGCAACUCAUGCAUAUGGAUCACUGGAUUUGCUGGAUGCGGAAAAUCCGUACUUUGUUCUACCGCCAUACGGCACGUCUAUCGACACCGAAGGUCCAGUCGAAAAAUGGGGAUCUCGUUCUUCUUCUUCGCUUUUGAUGACGAUUCUAAGCAAGACGCCUCCUCCAUGCUUCGUACACUUAUACUGCAACUGUCCAGUCAAUUGAGGGGCGAAAACAAGUCCCUAUGCCGUCUACAUGAUAGCUAUAAACCUUCGAUUCCUCCUAACCAAGCCCUAUUGGACUGCUUGCGCCAAACAAUUAGGGCUUUUGACGAUGUUUAUAUCCUAUUAGAUGCAUUGGAUGAGAGCCCUCGCGAUAAGCAUCGGGUGGAUGUGCUUCAAUCGUUAGUCGAUAUCUUGGAAUGGCAGGAGCCUGGUCUUCAUAUUCUCAUCACGAGUCGUGACGAGAUCGACAUACGGGAGGGGCUUAAUAUCCCACAGUCCCAGAUAUUGCUUUUGAAAAACGAAUCUAUUGACGACGACAUCGCAUCGUUCAUCUCGAAACGGCUCAGGGAAAGCAAGAAAACUGCUAUUCAGAACUGGGAAAAGCAUUUUGACCAGAUCGAAACCGCACUUAAGAACGGUGCGAACGGCGUAUUCCGCUGGGUAGAAUGUCAAUUCUCAGCACUCGAGUCUUGCCCCAAGUCCAAACGCCAUCUUGAUCGGCUAUUGACAUCAUUGCCACCAUCCCUGGAUAAAACGUAUGAAAGAAUGCUUCUCAACAUCGACGAGGAAUACAUUGAGGACGCAAGGCGUGUCCUGACUCUACUGGCCUGCGCCAAAAGACCACUAACGGCUCCAGAAAUAAUUGAAGCUCUCGCAGUAGAGCUUGGAGACGCACCAACACUGAAUCCAGAUGGCAGGCUUCUCGACGGAGAUGAAAUUCUUCGUCUAUGUCCAGGUUUUCUUGAAUUGGUCCCCUCCAGCCGCAGUGGAAGGACCACCAUGCGGAUCGCCCAUUUCUCGGUCAAAGAAUACCUCGAGUCGGAGCGAAUGCAUCCAAUAGUAAGAAAAUUCAAAGUACACAGGCCGGAGGCUCACGCCGAGAUAGCCUCGAUCUGUCUGACGUACCUGAUGGACCCCAAAGUAUCGAAAAGUACUAGUUGGACUCAACAUCCGCUAAGAACAUACGCCACAACUGUUUGGCAUCAACAUUAUCGUGAUGCAGACAGCAACCUGUAUCAGGUUGAGCAACAAGUCUGGGAAUUUUUUCGACUUACAGGAAGUGUCUUUAAGACUUGGGCUAGAGACUAUUUAAGAAAAGGCAGGCUGGUUUCCCCUGUGUUUUAUGCCUCCUACCUCGGCCUAACAUCACUUCUAUCGCGUCUGCUUGAAGAGCGGCGAGCUAUUUGCUCCGUGUAUCGCAAGACGUUACCGGACAUUGAUAUUUAUAUCAAUGCACAGAAUGGACAACACGGUACAGCGCUUCAGGCAGCAUCAAAACAAGGUCAUGAAGCAGCAGUUAGGAUAUUGCUUCGAGAAGGCGCCAAUGUCAACACCGUCAAUCAACAAGAUCCAGAUUACGCAACUGCUUUGGAGGCUGCAUCAGCAGGAGGCCACAAAGAAGUUGUACGACUGCUACUUGAUCAUGGCGCCGAGGUAGACAUCACAGACCAGAGUGCGCUAUAUAUGGCGUCCAAAAACGGUCAUGAGGCAAUAGUUCAGUUGCUACUCGAGAAAGGCAUUGACACAGACGCAUCGGAAAGAUUUAUUCAUUCCCCUCUGCAGGCAGCAUCGUAUCGGGGGAACCAUGGAACGAACAUUAAUCUAAAAAGCAAGACCAGGAAAAAAGCAUCGAUGCUGUGGGACGAUGAUUGGCAAACCUAUCUUGAGACUGCGUCUUCACGAGGACUGGACUCAACGAUUCUAUUCCUCCUCAAAAGAGGGGCCGACAUCAACGCAAAUAGAGGAAUAGCUUUAGCAAAGGCGUUUGAAAAGGGCCGUGAGGGUGCCGUCCGGCCCCUCCUCGACAAGGGGGCUAGAAUCGACAUAAAAGACCUAUGCUUGCUAUCCUUGGCAUGCAAAAUUGGCCACGAAGCGGUAAUUCGUACUUUGCUCGACAAAGGAGUUGAUGUCGAUGGGAAAGAUGCCGAUGGUAAGCCUUUGCAGAUCGCUGUGAGACAGGGCCAUGAAGCAAUUGCUGUUUUGCUUCUUGAAAGAGGAGCCAACGUCAACGCACAGAAUAAAUACGGGGAAACAGCGUUGCACGAAGCUGCGCAAAGAGGCCAUCAACGAAUAAUGCAACUACUGAUUGAUAAAGGAGCAAACGUCAAUGCACAAAGCCGUAUCUAUGGUCUUGAAACUGCGUUAGAGAUAGCGUCGCUGAAGGGGGAUUUAGCAAUCAUUCAGCUCCUCCUCGAUAACGGGGCUGAUAUCAAUACUACCAAUGGGGAGGCCUUGGCGGUGGCAUGUGGUAGGGGCGACAUGGCUAUGGUCAAGCUAUUGAUUGAUAAAGGAGCGCGUCUCAGUGGGAUGGGCGGGCCUACACCGUUGGAGAUGGCGUCGGAAUACGGACACAACGAAAUUGUCCAGCUACUUCUCGAUUGUGGGGCUGAUAUCAAUGUUGAAGGCGGUGCCCUGCAUGCAGCAUCAUCAACAGGUCACGAAGCAAUAGUCCGGCUUCUCCUUGACGCAGGAGCCGAGGUUAAUUCCUUAAACAGCAGCGGUAAAACUGCUUUGCAUGCAGCAUCGAAAAAGGGCCAUGAAGCAAUUGUUCGGCUACUCCUUGCCCGAGGUAUUGAAAUCAACGCAAAGAGUCAAGACGGGGAAACUGCAGUGCAUGAAGCGAUAGCGGGGCGCCACACAGCCAUCGCGGAACUACUUCUCAGCGAGGGAGCCAAGGUCGACCUGAACGAUAAAUACGAUAAGUUUGUUUUGGUCAAUGCAUCAGAGAAUGGAUACAAAACAAUUGUGGAAUCUCUCCUUAGCAACAGGUCUGCUACCAACGCGAAAUUAGCUGUUCUGUUGAGUGAUGCCCUGCACGCAGCAUCGAAGAGCGGCCGCCAAGGGAUAGUUCAGCAGCUCAUUGAAAAUGGGGCUGAUCCUAAUCUUGAAAGUGGCCUGAAUCGUCUGACUACCCUGGCCGCCGCUUCAGCAGCCGGCCAUGAAGCAGUAGUACGACUGCUACUCGACAAUGGAGCUAAUAUCAACCAAGGAAAAGAAACCGCGUUAGAAACAGCAGCAAAAAACGGCCACCGGGAAAUAGUCCAGCUACUCCUCAGCAAAGGGGCUAAAAUUGACACACCAACGGGAAACAACGCUCUUUGCUGCGCUUGUUCAAAGGGCCACGAAGAGGUAGUCAGGCUACUCCUCAAUAAAGGCGCUGACCUCAAUGCGUGCAGUUCUGACGCUGGCCGCAGUGCUUUGGAUGUAGCACUGGCUGCAGGUCACACUACAGUAGUUCGGGUGCUUAUUGACCGAGGUGUUGAUAUCAAUAUCCAAUGUCCCGCUAUUCGAUCUCCUGAAGAUGGGUACUCGGAGAAGGUUCAGGUGCUCCUCGAUGCGAUUGUAAUGAGAUAUGACUGA